UGAGUGAAAUCAAAACAAACAACAAUUCAGAGUUUCCUCGUAUUUCCACUAAAAAUACUGUGAAAUAUCAGUAUUUCGCCAUGAAAUUGUAUUGCCUGAACGGCGACCCGGCGAAGCCGUGCAGCAUUCUCAGCUUCAAGGAGCUCCUGAUAAUGCUUGAUUGCGGUCUCAACGUCAAGACUGUGCUCAACUUCCUUCCCCUGCCGCUGGUGCAGAGCUCCCGCUUCAGCUCGCUGCCCAACUUCAUCCCGCGCGACCACGAUGCCCAGAUUGACGGAGAGCUGAAGGAGUGCUGCGGCCGGAUCUUCGUGGACUCCACGCCUGAGUUUGCGCCGCCGCUGGACAAGAUUGUGGACUUCUCUGAAGUCGACGUGAUCCUCAUCUCGAACUACAUGAAUAUGCUGGCGCUGCCCUUCAUCACAGAAGGCACGGGCUUCAAUGGCACAGUUUAUGCCACGGAACCGACGCUGCAAAUCGGACGAUUUUUCCUGGAGGAACUCGUGGAGUACAUUGAAGUGGCGCCCAAGGCGGUGGUGGCGUCACAGUGGAAGGACAUUCUGCACGCCUUGCCUCCGCCACUAUCGGAAUCCUACAAGCCAAAGUGCUGGAAGCACAUCUUCAGCAUGGAAGCUGUCCACAACAGUCUGGCGAGAGUUCAAAUCGCCGGUUAUGACCAGAAACUGGACAUUUAUGGGGCACUGCAGGUGAUUCCGGUGAGUUCGGGCUUCUGUCUGGGCUCCAGCAAUUGGAUUUUGAGUUCUGGCCAUGAGAAGGUGGCCUACAUCAGCGGCUCAUCCACUCUGACCACCCAUCCGAGGCCCAUCAACCAGUCCGCCCUCAAGUACGCCGACGUGAUCAUCAUGACGGGCCUCACUCAGGCGCCCCACGUGAACCCAGACGGAAUGCUCGGCGAGCUGUGCAUGAAUGUGGCUGUCACCCUGCGAAACGGAGGCUCCGUGCUGAUCCCUUGCUAUCCUUCCGGCGUGGUUUAUGACCUCUUCGAGUGCCUGUCGACGAAUCUCGACAAUGCUGGGCUGUCGCAAGUGCCCAUGUUCUUCAUCUCGCCGGUGGCGGACAGCUCUCUGGCCUAUUCCAACAUCCUGGCCGAGUGGCUGUCGUCGGGUAAGCAGCACAAAGUCUACAUCCCGGACGAACCUUUCCCUCACGCCAUGCUCGUGAAGAACGCCCGCCUGAAGCACUUCAAGCACAUCUACUCGGACGGCUUCAGCACAGACUUCCGGCAGCCUUGCGUGGUGUUCUGCGGCCAUCCGAGUCUUCGCUUCGGCGAUGCUGUGCACUUCGUUGAGCUCUGGGGCUCAAAUCCCAUCCACACCAUCAUCUUCACGGAACCGGACUUUCCCUACUUGCAAGCCUUGGCGCCAUUUCAGCCGCUCGCCAUGAAGGCAAUCUACUGUCCCAUCGAGACAUCACUGAACUUCCAGCAGGCCAACAAGCUGAUCAAAGAGCUGAAGCCAGGAUGCCUCGUCAUUCCCGAGAGCUACACACAGCCGCCGGUGAUGGUGCCGCACAAAGUGGAUCUCGUGAUUGAUCAGUUGCCGGACAAGCAACUCAUCACCUUCAAGCGCGGCGAAGUGGUGAAGCUUCCGCUGAAGCGCAAGCGCAAUCGCGUCUUCCUGAUGCCAGAGAUCGCGCAGAAUAUUGUGCCGCACGAGGUGCAGCCGGGCAUGAAUGUGGCCAGCAUCACGGGAAUCCUCCAAGUGAAGGACAACCUGCACGACAUCAAGAGCAUUGACGACAGCGAGGAACGCCUGGCUUUUCCCCUCAAGUCCUCGAAGUACGAAUGGGGCGCCCUGGACAUUGACCUGUUCGUGAAGAAGCUCACGCAGGACGGCAUCACGGACAUCAAGAUGGAGCAGAACGGACCAGGAGUGGUGAUUCGACUGCCGAACGAAGACACCACGAUAGACAUCAACAACAAUCAGACUCACAUUGUGUGCGGAGGAAAGCAGAGUCUCAGGCUGAAGCUCAGAGAUCUUCUGCUGCAAUGUGUACAAAGUUUUUAGGGAUUGUAAGAAAUUAAGAGUGUUGUAAAAUAAAUGAAUGACGAAUG